AUGCACUUUUGGCCGGUCCAAGACAACUUGGAGGUGUCCGUAGCCGUCCAAGACUCCAAGAUGUGCAGCAGCCUUCGGAACUGGAAGGACGAUGACAUCCGCCUCUAUGCCUGGACCAUCAUCAGCACCACUACAUGCCUCUUCACGGCCAUUCUCUCCUUCUCCGGGAUCAAGGUUCUCAGCGACUUGCUCAUCCAUAUCCCGGAAGAGAUGAACGGUGUGGAGUGUGUCCGGGCCUACUUGCUCUUCAUCCUCGCUUUCUCGACCCUGCAGCUGGCCGCGAAGUUGAUCUCGGGAGCCUAUUGCGAUUGCUGCUGCCCUGUGGACAUGAGUGAGGAGGUGUGGGUCGUGGCCGAUAGCUUGCGGGCUGACCAUGGGGAUGAGGUGGAAGAGAAGCAGGUGCGUACGAAGACAGGGCUGAGGAGUGUUGCCUGGAUUGAGGGCGUCGAAGUCUUCGUGGAGAAGAGGAAGCUCAACUUGGAGCGCAGCACGAUGAAUGUCCGAGCAUGGGCACAGCUCCUGGCUCAUCUGAGUGGCUUUGCCGCGCUGGAAGCCGGCGGAGCGCUACAACACAUGGAGUGGUUCCGGGAGACGCCGUUGCGAGCCUUUGUGGCUGUAAUCAUCAACCAGGUGAGCAUCGGAAUACUAUUCCGCGGUAUGGAUUUGUUCAGGCUCUACACGAUCUACGAUAAGGAGGACGAAAGAGUCGUCAUGCUCGAUGAGGCCAUCGAGGAGGCUGAGAACGACAUCGUCAGCCUCGCCAGUUCUUUCCUGACGGUGCAAGUCCUGCGAUUCUCACUGUCAGGCAAGCUCCCGGAUAUGGCCGGGAGGAUCAGCCCAUACCACCCCUCCGGCAUGUUUACGAUCGGAAU